CGUUCGGUGCAGAAGGCAGAUUGGUUGAGUCACGUGCUGACGGCCUGGUCGCCCCGCCGCCAGGCGCCGACGCGCAUCAGUCAACUGACCGUGCCGAACGCAUUUCGGAGCUGUCGCCACUAUUGCCAAACCCAUCAACACAUUUUCCGCACACACACGCUGAGCCGCGCCUGGCCCUUUUGCUCGCCAUGUCCUCCGUCGCAGAGAUCGAGGUUGAAAAGAAGCAGUACCAGGAGCAGCUUGACAUUGUCCGUGGCCAGCUUCGCGAUGACCCCGACAAUGCCGAGCUCAAGGCCUUGGAGGGCGAACUGAACGAUGUCCUCGUCCUCUUAAACGAGAGCAUCGCGGAGCUCCAACCCGCGAAGGCCAAAUCGCCAGAGCCGGCAGCUGCUCCGGAACCGCCUAAGGCUGAGAAAUGGUCUCGGGAGAAUCAUCCGGCCUUCAAAAAUACUGCUCCAGUCGCCGAGGAGAAAGAGGACGUUCUGGUGAAUUACCAAGUAAACGACAGCGUUCUGGCCAAGUGGGUUUCGGGUGACCGAGCAUUCUACCCUGCCAAGAUCACUUCGAUCACGGGGUCCUCUACCGCGCCCAUAUACAUUGUCAAGUUCAAAAACUAUGAUACGACCGAGACGCUCCGAUCCAAGGACCUGCGCCCCAUCACGAACAAACGAAAGGCCGACGGCCCACCUGCCGCUGCAACCGCCUCUGCGGCCGCUGUUUCAUCAGUGCCUGGACUCGUUUCGUCGGCCGACGCAACCAUGUAUCCCCAAGCGAACAAGGACAACAACAAUGAUGGCGAAGCUGCAAAGCCACCGAAGCCAAAGAAGAUCAAGGCGAAGAAGGAGCUUGAGGCCAGCAAGAACAAGUGGCAGGAAUUUAACUCCAAGUCCAAGUUUGGCAAGACCAAAAAGAAAGAGAGCAUGUUCCGUACGCCCGAAGGAAUUCAUGGGAGAGUUGGCUUUACAGGUUCUGGACAGGCCAUGCGCAAAGAUCAGGCCCGCGUUCGUCCCCAUUAUGAUGAGAAUCAAGAGGUUGACUGAUCACGUCAUCGGGAACGCUGUACAAACACUCAUGAGACCACAUACCCGGCGUUGGAAGGUGUUGCACAGACUUUUGUUUCUGCCUGAAACCAGCAUACCCUGACUGAAAGGGGCACGUACGUCAGGUUUACGAGGCGUUCAUGGCAUUUCAGUGGCAAGAUCACUGAUGUUCCAGGUCAUUUGGCCGUUGGGAAAUGGAGGCUGCGAGAAUUUGGCUUUAUGAUACCACUUGCGCAUUUCGUUGGUCAUGGAACUUGUACUUAGCUUCAGUAGAACCGUAAAUUCUACGUGUGAAGCUAGAAUCUCA